AUGGCCGGGAAUAGAGAAAACCCACUAUCAGCUUUACAGCCUGAAGAAUAUUUACUCCCCUCAGAAGAUUUAUACAAAUUUUUUAUGACAUUCAUUUAAAAAUAAUAAAAUUAUCUAUAAUAAUUAUCACAUAUUAUAUCAAUAAAAUAUUUUAACUAGUAGGAGAAUUAGAAAAAACUGGCGUCACUGCUGUGCUUAAAGACCUCAUGACAGUUUUACUAGAAAACCGCCCAGAAAACCCCGUCCAAUUCAUCUCAGAAUAUCUAAAAACUUCAUCCCAGUCCUGCACAGGGAUUUUAAAAAGCUAUAAAUUAAUCAAAUUAUGCAGAGAAGAGCACGACUCUUUUAUGGACAACCUUGUAGCUGCUUAUAUGAAUUUAGACUCAAAAAGAGGUGGAAACAACGCAGGACUGACUGGCAGCGAAUAUUUAAAGUUGAUAAGGAUGCUAUGUCUGGAUUUUCCAAGCGAAAUUGUAGAAGAAGUCCUUGGAGUUCUAGGGAAGCGAGAGUCUGAUGUGGUGGUUUUUGAAGAAUUUAUUGCAGGGAUACAGACUGUGCUUUUGUAUGAAGAUUUUCUGGUUGAGGCAGAAACAAUUUUUCAUUAUUUAGAUAGGGAAAACCAAGGACGAAUUAGUGUGCAGAAGUUUUUUAAGGCGAUUGACAAGCUGAACUUGUAUAAAACAGGUUUAAGGGUCCCGCCGACUGAUGAUAUAAAAAGUGUAAUGAGGACGCUUACUAUUGAUCCUCAAGGGUCAAUAAAUUUUGAAGAAUUUGCUUUGGCGCUAUUUAAAACUACAAUUUAA